AAUGUGCAACGGCCAAAUCUAUGCUCCCGUGUUUGGAUACGAGAAGCCAAAACCACUCUCCACAAGCAAGUGAAGGGUUGUUAAGAGCACAAUGAUCCAUGCAUCAUUGCUCUCAACAUCAGUAAUUGGCCCCAUUGAAGCCACACCAACAUGACGCUAGGAACGAGAGGUGCAAGUCUUAUCUUGCCGCUGCUUUUCUUCGUUCAGUCGGUUCGUGGAAGGGUAUCCUCCCAAAGAUCCGUGGACACAGCGAUCGUCGGUACUGAGUUGAAUCGCAAUCAUCACAGAGAGUUGCAAGAAGGGGAUCGCUGUGGACUGUUUCAGGGUGAAUGUGCCGAUGGAUUGUCUUGCGUUCGUGGCCCCGUGGGCGGAUUUGGCUUGUGUUUGCCCGUUGAUUGCAUGGCUGACGCCGUUCGGAAGUCGGGCCUGGAUUUCAACAAUUUUACUCAAACUAUCUUUGCCCAAGCUCAAGUGACACCGGAACAACUAGCCAUCUCCAGAGCUAAUGAAGCCAGAAGCGAUCAGACCUUUAGUCAAGAUUCCAGCGCCAUGGCAUCCAUUGUCGACGUGUUGACGAAUCGAAUGGACCAUAGUCCUUUUUAUGCUCUGCAAGAGUCCAUGGCAGCGUGCUCUUCCGCCAGUCUGAAUGUCAACAACAAUACCGCCAAACAAGCCACCGUCUCAUACUAUGGUUUUCACAUGGAAGGAGGCGCGCUGUACGAUGGCGAGUUUUCGGUUCUCGUGGCACCUUCCGAGACAGAAGGCAGCUUGACGUGGGUUCGGCCAUGCUUUGGAGGGGGUGGUGUUGGGAUCGAUAUUUCGGCCGUGAUUGGCACUGGAUACACUGGUUCAAGGGAACACUUGCUGGGAUGUUCUGCUUUGGUGACCGACAAUGAGUUGUACGCGAUUCUUGGUUUCGGUGUCGAUUAUGGGGUUGGCUUCAAUGGCGUUAGCUAUCUUGAUUUCACAGUUGGCGUGGGUUUGAGCGGGGAGGGACUCGGCAUUGGGCUUUGUGGAAACUACAAGCAAUAGCUAUCAAGAUCUCACGGUUGGUCUGGGUCUCUCUUUAUUGUUUCUCUUUAUGAUCAUACAAAUGGUGCUACUCCAUCAACAAUCUUCCAUGCCACCACCUAUUACCGCCAACAUUAAGUUUAUCCAAACCUUCAGAUAUCGAUGUCUUCAUCCUUGGCGAUUUCCUUGCUGGCUUUCCGGGCUUGUCCCCGUAUCUUGCACUGUUACAUGGGCUGCUGCGCAGGUUUCCAUGCAUCCUUAUUUUGGGGGCUUUGGUAGAAUUUGCGAUGAGUACUAAAUGGACGUCCCUGUAGAGCCGUCACAAGGUCAAGAGUGUCUAAAGAUUCGUUGUCCACACUCGCCACUGCAGGAAGAGCCUGGAUGACCCAGUUGCUAUUCUUUUUGUCCCCUUUGAUGUUGGCAAUCUCCUUGCAAAUAGCACAAGCGGCUCUGAAAUAUUGAAUGCCAGAUGUUUUCUCCUCAAUGAUUAGGAAUAGGUCUUUCUGGAAACUACCAGCAACGAUGAUUGAGAAAGUAGCGGAAAACAGCACCUGCACGAAAUCAGGAUCCAGCUCCGGGACGGAUCGGAAAGAGAAACAAGUGCCAGCAGGAAGCGUCGUCACCAAGAAUCUCGUUGCGGCCUGGUGUGCCCUUUUGCCAAAGAAGCUUGUUGACAACAUGUGCCACAAGGAGAGAUAACUAAUCUUGCGCAGGACUCCGCCCCAGCUGUUCCCAGCCAAACCUAGUUUAACUUUUCUACUUUUUUGUUA